CUUACAGAAAUAUUCUUAACGAUUGUAUUUGGUGUUGGAAUUUUGUUAGCACGCAAAUUUGUUGUUGUAAAGAAGAAUGGACCUUUCAAUUAUAGUGCUCAGCAAGUUGACAAUGUGCCUUCAUUCAUCGGUGCUCCCACUGCUACUCCUUAUCCUUGGGAAUUGGCUUAUGUACCUUCCAAAAGUACUGCAGUACAGAAUAUUGUUGAAAAUGUGAAAGACAAUUUAAACUCCAACAUGAAAGUUUUUGGAUUUUCUUCGGAAAGAGAAUUUGAAGAUUAUGUUAAACAAAAUAAUAAAACUAAAAAAGUUUUGGCUGGUAUUGUUUUUGACCAUGACUUCCAGAAUAGCAAUGAUCCCCUGCCACUUAAGGUGAAAUACCACCUGCGUUUUAGUAGUUUUAAGAAAAACAGCAGAAAGUUUGCGACUCGGUUGGAAGAGGAAUCCUGGUUAACAAAUUUUCUCUUUCCGUCCAUGCCUUCUAUGGGACCCAGAAACCAACAUGAUGCACUUGGGGGGAAUCCGGGGUACAUCAGUGAAGGGUUCCUGGCUGUGCAGCAUGCCCUGGAUAAGGCCAUCAUGCGGCAUCGUAACAACACAGCUACAGAAACACUGUUUAAUGGAGUCAAGAUUUUUGUUCAGAGAUUUCCAUAUCCAUCUUAUUAUCAUGAUGUCUUCUUUUUAUUUGCUAUUGUUUUCAUCCCUUUAAUAAUUGUAUGUAUCUUCUCUAUGAAUCAUCUUACCAUAAUUCAGUCUAUUGUGUGGGAAAAAGAAAAUCGAUUGAAGGAAUACCAGCUCAUGAUAGGACUCAGUAAUUGGAUGCUCUGGACUGCCUAUUUCUUCACAUUCAUCCUCUUGUAUUUUAUUAUCAUCAUUAUUAUAUGCAUAAUUUUAUAUAUCAAGGCAAGUAUUCAAUCUGUAUCAGUCCUUGAAUACAGUGACCCAAUUAUUGUCUUCAUCUUUUUGCUAUUUUAUGCCAUGCCUUCAAUAUGCUUCAGCUUUAUGGUUAGCACAUUCUUCAGUAAUGCCUAUUUUGCUAUUACUUUGGGAGGUUUCUGUUUUUUUAUCACCUAUCUUCCGGCUGCUAACCUGUCUGUCAACUAUGGACAGAUGACAUUCAACCAGAAGUUAGUUUCUUGUCUCAGCUCAAAUUAUGCAAUGGCACUGGGAUUUAAAUUUAUAUUUGAUGCAGAAGUGAAGAAAACUGGAAUUAAAUGGAAUAACAUCUUCUCACCAAACAAACAGGACAACUUUUUAUUUGCCUAUAUCCUGGGAAUGUUACUACUUGAUGCUUUAUUGUAUUUCAUUGUGACUUGGUAUGUAGAAGCUGUAUAUCCAGGAAAGUAUGGUGUGCCCAAGCCAUGGAACUUUUUCUUGCAGCCCUCUUACUGGUUUGGAGAACCACCUGUGAAAAAAUCUGAAACACACCAGUUUCAAGAAAAAAUUCAAAACAAGUAUUUUGAAGCUGAACCUACUGAUUUGGUAACAGGUAUCGCAAUCAAACACUUGCACAAGGUAUUCCAAGAUAAGGGCACUACUAAAGUAGCUAUAAAGGAAUUGUCUCUGAAUUUAUAUGAGGGACAGAUCACUGUUCUUCUAGGACACAAUGGGGCAGGAAAAUCCACUACCAUGUCCAUUCUAUCAGGUCUCUAUCCGCCUACUAGUGGAGAGGCCUAUGUUUAUGGGUAUGAUAUCUCAACCCAGAUGGUUCAGAUCAGAAAAUCACUGGGGUUGUGUCCCCAGCAGGAUUUGUUGUUUAAUUACUUGACAGUAUUAGAACACCUUCAAUUCUACAGUGCGAUAAAAGGAAUACCUCAAAAGAAGUGUCUUAAGGAAAUUGACCACAUGCUGUCUGCUUUUAACCUGCUAGAAAAACGUGAUGCAUUUUCAAAGUCACUGAGUGGAGGAAUGAAGCGCAAACUCUCCAUCAUUAUAGCACUUUUAGGAGACUCUAAGGUGGUGAUACUUGAUGAGCCCACAUCUGGUAUGGACCCAGCCUCAAGGAGGGCCACCUGGGACCUCCUUCAGAACUAUAAACAGAAUCGUACCAUGUUACUGACCACCCACUACAUGGAUGAAGCUGAUGUUCUAGGUGACCGCAUUGCCAUCAUGGUCCAAGGAUACUUGCAGUGCUGUGGCUCUUCAAUUUUCCUGAAAAAAUUAUAUGGGGUAGGAUACCACAUAGUCAUGGUGAAGGAACCUCAUUGUAAUGUUGAAGAAGUCACAAAAUUGAUUCAUUAUUAUGCACCAGCAGCCACAAUGGAGAGCAAUGUUGGAACUGAAUUGUCAUUUACUCUACCCAAAGAAUAUGCACACAGGUUUGAAACUCUGUUUACUGCCCUGGAAAAGAGACAGGAAAAGCUGGGUAUUGCUAGCUUUGGUGCUUCUAUCACUACUAUGGAAGAAGUCUUCCUCAGGGUCAGUCAUAUGGAAAAUGUACCAGAAGAUAUCCUAGCCAUGCAGCCUCCCUCGCAGAUGAGCCAACCCACAAUGAACCAGAAUAGGAAUGCAUCAAAUGUCCAGGGAACACAUUCUCCCACACUGAAUGAAAGCUCUAUUAAGUUUAAUACUGGGUGCUCCCUCUACUGCCAACAGUUUCGUGCCAUGUUCUUAAAGAGAAUAAUGUUCAGUUGGCGCAAUUGGAAACUGGUUUUGGUACAGGUACUGGGACUUGCAGCUUCCUUUGCCUUUAUGUUUGAGGUUGCUAAGCCUUCAAAUGCUGAAGAGAAGGCUAGAAAAAUGGAUUUGGGUGAAUAUGGUCAGACCACUGUGCCUUAUUCUAUUUCUGGAAAUUCUGAUUUGACUACAAAUUUCUUAAAACUCCUUGAGAGUAAGCUAGUAUCUGAGAAACAAAAACUUAAGGAAGUGAAAGGUGAUCUACUGAAUUUCUUGAUGGAAAAUAGUGAUAAUCGUUUAUACAUUAUUGCGCUUUCCAUUGAGGUGAAAACAAAUGAGACAGUAUUUACUGCUCUGUUCAACAAUGAAGCAUACCAUUCACCAUCUAUGGCCCUAGCAGUGUUAGACAACGUUCUGUCCAUGUCCGUUUCUGGCAAGGAUGCUUCCUUAACAGUCUCCAAUAAACCUCAGCCACGCCCUAACAGUAAAGAUAAGGAAAGAACUGAAAAUGGAAAUCUGGUGGCCUCCAAUAUACAGCUUGGCGUGGCUAUUCUGAUCAGUGGAUUUUGUCUCCUGACAGUGACUGAGAAAACCUCUAAGGCAAAGCAUAUCCAGUUUUUGAGUGGAACCUCUGUCUUUGUGUACUGGAUUUCUGCUUUACUGUGCGAUUUCAUCAUCUUCUUCAUUUCCUUCUUAUUACUAAUGAUUGUAUUCAGAUACUACAAACUUAAUAUUUACAUCAUGGAGUACCACAUUCUGGAAACAAUGCUAAUCUUCACACUGUUUGGCUGGUCUGCCAUUCCCCUCACGUAUCUGUUGAGCUUCCUGUUUUCUGGAAGUACUUCUGCCUAUGUCAAACUGAUCCUAUUCAACUACUUUUCAGGCACUAUUUGCAUCCUCAUAGACAACUCGAUAGAUAUCAUGCGAAGUUUAUCGGAUGGCACCAAACAGUCUCUACGCAAUUUGUUACUGUUGUUUCCCAAUUACAACCUUGCAAAGUGCCUCAGUGAAUAUACUAAUAUCUACAGUUUGAAGAUACUGUGCAACGCUCUAAAGACUCCCUCUGCCUACCUUAACUGUAGUAAAGAAAAUACUAAGAAGACUAUUUACUCUUUGGAAAAGGGUAUGCUUGGAAAAUAUUUUAUUAUCAUGGGUAUUGCAGGCUUUCUUUUCCUUCUCUUCAUUUUACUUUGGGAGAGUACUUUUUGGAGAAUAAGAACAUUUCUCAAUCAACAAGUUUUCUUUAGAAUCUAUAAGAAAUUCAAGAAGGAGCUAGUGUCUAAGAAACUGUCUGGAAAAUCCGAAGAUGAAGAUGUACAAAAUGAGAGAAUUAACAUACUGGAGCAUCCUGAGAAGUUUCAUAAUUCUGUAGUUCUUAUUAAGGAACUCACAAAGAUAUAUUUUAAGUAUCCAGUCAUUUUAGCUGUGAAAAAUAUCUCCCUUGCAAUACAAAAGAAAGAGUGCUUUGGAUUGCUUGGAUUCAAUGGAGCUGGAAAAACAAGUACCUUCCAAAUUUUGACUGGAGAAGAGAGUGCUACCUCAGGGGAUGUGUUCAUUGAUGGCUUUAGCAUCAACAGAAAUGUCCUACAGGUGAGGUCGAGAAUUGGCUAUUGUCCUCAAUUUGAUGCCUUGCUGGAAUACAUGACUGCUCGAGAAAUACUGAUAAUGUAUGCCAGAGUCUGGGGAGUCUCUGAGUCUCAGAUUCAGCUGUAUGUGAACUCAUAUUUGAACUCAAUGGAACUGGAGCCUCAUGCUAACAAGAUUAUUAGCACCUAUAGUGGAGGAAACAAACGUAGGCUGAGUACUGCUAUUGCUCUAAUGGGAAGGUCCUCAGUCGUCUUCCUGGAUGAGCCAUCAACAGGCAUGGACCCAGUGGCCCGACGCCUGCUCUGGAAUGUGGUGACCAAGACCCGUGACAGUGGAAAAGCUAUUGUUAUCACCUCCCACAGUAUGGAAGAAUGUGAUGCCCUCUGUACCAGGCUAGCCAUCAUGGUGAAGGGGAAGUUCAUGUGCUUGGGCAGCCCUCAGCAUCUCAAGAACAAAUUUGGCAAUAUUUACAUCCUGAAGGUUAAGGGCAAGAGUGAGCAUAUGUUGGAAGCUUUUAAAAAUUUUAUCAAAAUGACAUUUCCAGGUAGUGACUUGAAGCACCAGAAUCAAAAAAUCCUUAACUACUACAUUCCCUGCAAGGACAAUGGCUGGGGAAAGAUGUUUGGCAUUUUGGAGAAAGCUAAAGAGCAAUUCGAUUUAGAAGAUUAUUCCAUCAGUCAGAUAACCCUGGAACAAGUCUUCCUCACUUUUGCUAAUCCAGAAAAUACAGAUGAUGAUUCUCUACAAAAGGUGCCAUGAGUGAUAUUCAGUUGCAGUCAGUGACACUUCUACCUUUCUUACAUUAUACUUGAACAUUUAGAGGAACAUUUCUGUGUUUGUAU